UACACGUAAUUUUUUUUGUCAACUUUUUGACAUAUGGAGACGAAUGUGACUUCCAAAGUAAAUAAUAUUGUGUUCAUAAAAAUAAAUUUCCGUUGUAUGCGGCUUCAGUUUAUAUCCAUCAACGCGAGCAUAUUGGAUGGGUUGACAGAACUUCUGCGACCUAUUCGAAAAAGAAAUCUGACCGGGUAUUAGGUGUCCUUUGUGUCAUGAGUUUUCUCAGUACUUCCAGCAUGACUAAAGAAGCCAUCAUGAGGAACUGCAAGGAACAGAGGCUGUACCUAACGCCACACUUGAAUGAUGUAUUGUACCUUCACUACAAAGGUUACAGGAAGAUUGAGAAUCUGGAGGAGUACACAGGGCUGAAGUGUCUGUGGCUUGAGAACAAUGGCAUUGACCACAUCGAAAACCUAAGCAAUCAGACGGCUCUGCGCAACUUGUAUCUGCAGUACAAUGUGAUACAUAAGAUUGAGAACCUGGACCAUCUUCAGCUGCUGGACACACUGAAUCUGUGUCACAACUUCAUCGAGAAGCUAGAGAACCUUUGUGGUUUGCCUGGUCUGCACACACUCAGUAUCAGCCACAACAGGCUACAGUCAGCAGAGGACAUCCAGGAGCUGACCGAGUGCCACAACUUGGCGAUCUUGGAUCUUUCAUACAACCAACUGGAGGAUCCCCAGAUAGUGCAGAUCUUUGGCUCUAUGAAUAAUCUGCGGGUCCUGACUCUCAAGGGGAACCCAGUGCUGAAGAAGAUCUCAUAUUACAGAAACGUCCUAACUGUGGAGUGCAAAAACUUGCAACACCUUGAUGACAGACCAGUGUUCCCACGAGACAGGGCAUGUGCAGAGGCCUGGAGAGAAGGUGGCAUGGAGGCAGCACAAGCAAUGCACCAGAAAUGGACAGAAGAGGAGCACAGAAAAAUCAAUGACAGUGUAAUAGCUCUUCUUAAGCGACGGGAUGCUGCCAGAAACAAGGCAGCAGUCAUCUCAUUGGAAUGUGCUGGAACCAUGACUGAUGAGGGGUCAGAAGACACACAGGGGAGUGGCUCUAAGAGCGAGACGAGCAACUGUGAUGACACCGACAACAGUGGAUCAGAUUCUGAGACAAUGGAGGACGACAGAAUGGCAAAUGCACACCACACAAAGAGAGAGCUCAUUAUGCCAUGGCACGUCCAGGACAAAGCUCCACAGCCAAAAGGGCAGAGAGAGAAUUGCCUCAUUGUGGAGCUCAACUCUCAGGAUGUAGCUACCUGGAUGACAAACAGAGAGACAAGGAAAACCAAAGUGAAUGCAGCAACAGCUUCUAUUCAUCUGACUGAGAUGAUCGCGGAAACUCACUCAAGUCGCCUCACAGAAUAUGACAAUUUUCUUGGAGAUGCAACUGUUGGAAAGGAAGGCCCUGGUGUGUGCAUAAAUGCAGCAAAGAUUGAUCCUGACACUGAAUACAAACGCAAAGAACCUGGUAUGACCUCUGAUGUCAGUAAUCUCACCACAGCGAUGAAUGGACAGGUCCUAGAUGCAGAGACUGUGCAGCUUCAAGAUGCUGAGGUUAGACACAGACAGACUGAAGGGGAAGCAGUGGAUUAUCGUUGUGAAAAAGGUGGGGUACUAUGCACAGAAAUGGUGAACCUACAACUCAGGGAUCAUGAUAAUGAAAUAACUUCUCUGGAAGACAUCUGUGACAGACGUGAGGCACUAGGAAGAGAAAUAAUGCAACUCCAGUAUCUCAAGAAUGAAUUUAAAAAGAGCAAUGAUGACAAUGAAAUGAUACCUCUGGAAGGUUCCUGUGAAGAACAUGAGGUACAAGGAAAAGAAAUUGUGGAACUCCAGAAACUAGGGGAUGAUUAUACAGAUAAUGGGAGGAUUUUGGAAGAUCCCUGCAAAAAAUGUGAGAAGCAAGGUACACGAAUAAUCGAACUCCAGGAUGACUAUAAUGAGAAUGAAUGGCAGGAUGAAGGUGUGUGUGUAAGCAGCUCAGCCAGGAAAGAGACUGUGAACAUGGGGAAAGCUCUCAGCGAGUUUCUAACUGAUUUCAAUUCCAAACAUACAGACACAGCUGAAACUGGUGAACAUGUCUCACACAAGACGCCAAGUAAUGGAAUAAUACACUCAAAAUAUGACAACAGGGAGCAACAAGAAGAAACAGAGGAGGGAGUAAACAGAGAUAAUAAGAAAACAACAGUGACAGAACAUGUUCCUGAAAAUAUGGAGAUACAGACAGAAAUGUCAGUGCAUGUUGGAAAUAAGGAAGAAGUAGGCAAGUACAGCAGUGAAGGACAAAUAAAGAGAUAUGUGAACUCUUCGUUGGAGUUGCAACUCAUCAACCAAGAUAACAUAAAUGAGACCCAAUAAAAUGUGUAAAAACUUUUUAAGAUCUGUUCAUAGUUUCAGUUUGGAUCUGAAGAGACUGGAGUCAACAGGUGAAAGUUGGAAGCCAAUUUUGAGAAACAGGGAAAUAUUUACACAGUCCAUGUUGCUCAAGCUAACGUGCCUGACAAGAUUCAACACUGUAUGCAUACAAUAGUCAAUCAUGCUUAAAAUAAGAACACAGUUUCACAAGUCACUCCUAUGUUUAAGUCCACCCUCCCUCUGGAUAAAUUUCAUGUAGCUGAUAAAUGACUUACAAAAAUGUAUAAAAGCCUGAGAAAUUGUCCAUGAUUUAUUCUGACUGUCUUACAGUGCAUACAUUUA